UAUUUACAGUCUGAAAACGGUUUUGCUGGAAGGCAGGUGUUCAAUACAUUUCACAGGAGCGAGACUAUAGCUAUAAUCGAUGGCGUCUGCUGAUCUGAGACGGGAGCUGGACUGUUCCAUCUGCCUGAGCAUUUAUACAGACCCUGUAACCCUGAGAUGUGGCCACAACUUCUGCCGGGGCUGUAUUGAUCGUACGUUGGAUACACAGAAAGAAUGGAAUACACCUUAUAACUGCCCUGAUUGCAGAGCAAAGUUCAGGAACCGUCCUGCACUGCAGAGAAACAUAACUCUAUGUAACAUAGUGGAAAGUCUCCGGUCUACUCGGCCAGAUCAGGAGGAGACUGGGAUCUUCUGCACUUACUGUAUACACUCUCCUGUACCUGCUGCUAAAUCCUGUCUGCAUUGUGAGGCUUCUCUGUGUGAUAAUCACCUGAGAGUACACAGCAAGUCACCAGAACACGUCUUAUGUGAUCCCACCACUGUCCUGGGGAACAGGAAAUGCUCCGUCCAUAAGAAGGUCCUGGAGUAUUACUGUAAUAAGGACUCUGUCUGUAUCUGUGCGUCCUGCUGUCUGAUCGGGGAACACAGAGGACACCUGGUGGAGUCACUGGAUGGAGCCUCUGAGAAGAAGAAGGAGAAGCUGAGAGAUGUUCUACAGAAACUGAGCACAAAGAGAGCGGAGGCUGAGAAAAGAGUCCAGAGUCUGCAGGAGCGCAGGAGAGAAGAUAAGGGAAGAGCACCUGGUGUAAUAGAGACAGUCACUGCCCUGUUUAGAGACAUCAGGAGACUGCUGGAAGACCUAGAGAAGAGAAUCCUGAGUGAGAUCUCCAGGCAGGAACAGCGCGUUUCACUCUCAGUCUCUGAUCUGAUCCAGCAGCUGGAAAUAAAGAAGGACGAGCUGUCCGGGAAGAUGCGUCACAUUGAGGAGCUGUGUAACAUGUCUGAUCCAGUGACUGUCUUACAGGAACCAGACACAGGGGACUUGUGUGACACUGAGGACACAGAGAGACAUGAUAACCAGGUCCGUGGUGCAGGAGAUCUGGAUGUGGGUCUGAUCUCUGGGACGUUACAUACAGGAUUAUGUGAUAUAAUGACAGGUAGAAAUGUAUUCUUCUAUCUGCAGGAACCAGCAGACCUAUUCCUAGAUAUAGCCACAGCUGGUAAUAACAUACAUAUAUCAACUGAUAGGAAAAGUGCAUCCUGGAAAGGUAUAAACCAGAAUCGUCCUGUAACACCUGCAAGAUUUUACUAUGGUCAGGUAAUAAGCAGCAGGAGGUUCUCCUCAGGGCGACAUUACUGGGAGGUGGAUGUCAGUAAGUCAGAGUGGUGGAAGGUGGGGAUGUGUUACCCCAGUAUAGACAGGAGAGGAGAGCAGUCAUACAUUGGAUAUAAUAACAAGUCCUGGUGUCUGUGUAGGUAUAAUAAUCAGUACUCAGUGCUACAUGACGGUACAGAGACCCAGUUACCUGACAAUAUCCCCUGUGACAGAAUGAGGAUAUAUCUGGAUUAUGAGGCAGGGCAGAUAUCCUUUUAUUCUCUGUGUGACCCCAUCAGACACUUACACACCUACACUGCCGCCCUCACUGAGCCCCUCCACGCUGCAAUAGGGGCAUAUUCAGGUUGCAUUACGAUGUCUGGGCGAGUCAGGAGAUAGGUGACAUGAUCAAAGCAAAUCUACUCAGAGACUGGUGACAUCACAGGAGGAGAGAAUCUGAUUGAUGACACUAAAACUACGACAUGAUAUUUUAAACCAUUUGCACAAUUCCGCUGUAUUGGAAUGACGAAUCGUUCAAAUCUUCCAGUGUGUAAGCACUAUGGGGGUAAUUCAGAGUUGAUCGCAGCAGCAAAUUUGUUAGCAGUUGGGCAAAACCAUGUGCACUGCAGGGGAGGCAGAUGUAACAUGUGCAGAGAGAGUUAGAUUUGGUGGGUUACAUUGUCUCUGUGCAGGGUAAAUACUGGCUGCUUUAUUUUUUCACUGCAAUUUAUAUUUCAGUUUGAACACACCCCACCCAAAUCUAACUCUCUCUGCACAUGUUACAUCUGCCCCACCUGCAGUGCACACAGGGGGUCAUUCAGAGCCGAUCGCUGCUGUGCAUUUUCGCACAGCAGCGAUCGGGUCUGAAGUGCGCAUGCGCCAGUGCCGCAGUGACAGAUUGACAGGCAGAGGCGGGAGGGGGCAGCACGGUGGCAUUUGCCCGCCGUUUUGUGGGCGUGGUCCCUACAAGGGCGGGCCGUAGCGGCUGCAUGAUGUCACACGCAGCUGCUGUGACCAGGGCAGCGACAAGUAGCUCCCGGCAAGCGCACUGGAGCUGCGCAGGCCGGGAGCUACUCCUGAAGUACAAAAGCAUCGCCGCUGUGUGAUGCGUUUGUACUUCUGCGUGGGGGGUUGUUCCUGACAUGUGGGGCAGACUAGCCCUGUGCUGGGCGUCACCCCGCAUGUCAGUGUGACUGAUCGUAGCUGUGCAUAUGACAGUCAUUAUAAUCAUAUGACAAUUAUUAUUUCUCUAGUAUUAUAUGAGGUGUAAUAUAUAUCACAAUGAAAGAAAAAAUGGAGCACCUCUCAAGUGCGCAGAGAUGGCUGCCUAUACCGUGUCCACCAAAAAGGGGUGUCUCCCGCUCCCCAAUAAACAGAGUUCUAGGUAAAAUUAGGUGGUUACCGUAAUUGGGCGCCAAACCUAAGUCACAAACUGAACAAUGACCAAAUGUGAGAAUUCAAAAUCACACAACACCCAUAAAUUAGAUAGUGGGCUACAUUCCUUAACAGUACUGGAAUUCAGGCAUGUAGAAAGAUCUCUGAUUUCCUCAUGGAUAAGCGGACACUUUUUAUCAGGAUUUCCAGUCGUCAAAUGUCAUAAAAAACAAGAGGUAUAGAGCAUCUCGUGUAACAGUUUUAUUCUUUU